CAUUACUUGGUCUAUUAGGUGUAGAAAUUCGUUCUCUCACAGUAGGGGGACGAACGUUCACUGUGUUCACAGCUACACGAGUAGGAAAUCAAGAUUUUUUGUUGAAUAGUGAUAGCGUGAAAUACAGGAGGAUCUGAUUAGGACAAAAACGACACUGUUUAUUUCUCAGUUGUUUUGUUUAUAUAACACCUGUGCCCGUCGUGACGUCAAGUUUUCUCAAAACAUGGAAUUAACAGAAAAGGAAGCGUUUUACAUUUAAUUCGAGCGAGAAUUAUCCUCAAGACGGAACGCUGAAUCCCACCUUAUUUUCUUUUCAGGAGUAGAUUUAUUUCUGUUUAAACUCCUUGAUCCCAUGAUAGAGAUGAAAACGGCAAGUUGUAUCUACCUAAAAGCUGGGAUGGACGACCUUCAUACCACACUGAAGUCUUGUUUCUAACUCCAGUUAUCUGACAGUAAGUCACCCUGGGUGACAUUUUCUUGUUACAGCGUCUCUGUGUAAACAGAGCCAAAAAAGUGACACGCUUAAUCUUAGAACUGGAGUAAAAAUCAAAGGACGCCGAGGGUAGAAUUUUGUAUAAGCUGUAAGAGGCGACGUUAACUAUAAGACAUUGAAAAGGGCAUUUCAAAGAAGGGAAUAAGAUCUGGCCACCCAUUUACAACAAUGAAUCUUCCUGAAAUCAUUUGCAAUCGGCGAAAAUUCGCAGACGACAGAUUGAUCAAUUUGAAAGCAGAACAAGUAUGUCCUGGGAGAUCCUUAGAGAAGCGACUCAAGGCCAUAGAACUUGAUCGAAUAAGAGUCAAAGUGAAAUUAGACCGAGAAACCGACGAACUUCGCCUUGCGUUGUUAAACCUGAGCCGGACGAAAAAACGACCGCGUACAACUGAGACGGAGAAUGAACAUUUUUCUGAAGAUGAGCGACCGCACUCCGUAUCUCAGAGCACCUUGGAUUAUGAGCAAGGAAUACCACCACCAGAGGGCAGUGUGGUGUCGCAGAGCAUUGUGGGAAACCUAAGCGCGAGAUACCACCGGCCUUCCUACCGCGAGCUGCGACAGCGCGAGGCGUCAGCACGUGCGCGCGUCAACCUGCUUAGUUACCAGAGACUCAUCACAGAUUUACGACAGAAGGAGGAACAGCGUAAAAUACGACAGGCUGAAUUCUUAAAGUCCAUGAACACCAUUGAAAGUUCUGUUCGCAUUAAGACAAAAGAGAGAGAACGGGCGCAGUCAUUUUCACUUCCUAUAAAAAACGCCACUGACAUCAGCUGUCCCAAAGAAAUGCUUGGCGCGCCAUCUAUACAGAAUUAUCUUCUUAAGACACGUCAUGCUGCUGAAUCUGCGCAUUCGCUGGAAGAACCGCCUCCUGUGACGUCAUUCACCUCGAUUAGUUCUUUGAGCGAUGGAUACAACAGAACACAAUCAGAGAAGAGAACACGACGCUUGUCAGUGGAUGAAAUUGAUCUUCCAAAAGGGAGAAUUUCACAGAGAAAUAGGCGAAAGUCGCUUCCUCACAGUUCACCGUGUAAUUCUGACGACGAGGUAUGCGAAGUUCCAAAAACGGAAUCAGACACACGUCCAAUAAAAGCACGCCAAUCAAAGCGCACGUUUGUCCACGUCUUUGUUCCCCAAGGGAAUACAGACACUGACACAGACAAUUCACCUACAAAGUUAUCAUUAGAAAAAAACAAUGCAAAACAUUCUCCACUUGAAAAAAAGGAUGGUGUCGAUUACGAAAGUGACAUCUGUAUCAACGACCCGGAUGAAGCGAAAGUGAAACCGGAAGUGAAACCAACAAAACGUGUCUCAUUUCGACUUGACAAGGUCCAAAGGUGGGUAGAUGAAAUGCCUGAGGAGGCUGCUGGUUUAGAGGCACGGGCAGUCUCAUCAGCGUCUUUUCAAAGUGGCUCUGCGCGACAGCGGAACCCAACCCCGCCUUCCGGCACUCACUCCACUCGCCCAACACCUCACAGGAGAGACAGCAGCGUCGGUUCACUGGUUGAUGGAAACGCGACCAAGGAACGCCAGCCUCUGUUUCUGGACUGUGACGACAUGACUGACACUGACUAUGUGUGGGACGAGGUCCGGAAGUGCCGCUACAUCCGGGGCUACGACCCGCCGGAAAUGCAAAUCCCGUCCGACGCCGACUUGGAAAAGUUUGUCUUCGCCCCAAACGAGGAUAAUGAGGAUUUUGAUUCCACAGCAACAGAGGACAACAAUUCGAUUGGUAACGUAGGGGACUUGGAGAAAUAAAGCGAUGUAAACUGAAUCGAAUUAUUUUUAUAAGUAAAAUAAAGUGUGUUUUUUUAUAUAGGCCCCCCUACUGAAGUUCUUAUGUCUUAUGCAUUUCCGCAGUGAUAUUACGCCAUAAGAUCAGAAAGACUGGAAAAUGGUAUUACUGUUUAUAUAAAAUCUACGUAACAAGUUACAUCAUUAUCAGAAUAAUUAUGAAUUCUUUUUCUAUCUGCAGCCAAUGCUUUAUAAAGC